GUACAUCGGGGCCCUGGGGGCGAGGGUGAUCUGCGAUAACAUUCCCGGAUUGGUCAACAGACAGCGACAGCUGUGCCAGAGUUACCCAGAUAUCAUGCAAUCCGUUGGGGAAGGAGCCAAGGAGUGGAUUCGGGAAUGCCAGCACCAAUUCCGUCACCAUCGCUGGAACUGCAGCACUUUGGACAGAGACCAUACAGUCUUUGGCAGGGUCAUGCUUCGAAGUAGCAGGGAAGCAGCCUUUGUCUACGCCAUCUCCUCAGCUGGAGUUGUAUAUGCCAUCACCCGAGCUUGCAGCCAAGGCGAGCUAAAGGCCUGCAAUUGUGAUCCCCACAAGCGGGGCCGCUCUAAGGAUGAAAGAGGGGAAUUUGAUUGGGGGGGCUGCAGUGACAACAUCAACUAUGGGAUCAAAUUUGCAAAGGACUUUGUGGAUGCCAAGGAAAAAACCGUGAAGGAUGCCCGGGCCCUGAUGAAUCUGCACAAUAACCGAUGUGGCAGAACGGCUGUGAAGCGUUUCCUGAAACUAGAAUGCAAAUGUCAUGGUGUCAGCGGCUCCUGCACCUUAAGGACUUGCUGGUUGGCAAUGUCAGACUUUCGCAAAACAGGAGAUUACCUUCGGAAAAAAUACAAUGGUGCCAUCCAAGUAACCAUGAACCAGGAUGGGACUGGAUUUACUGUGGCCAAUAAGAACUUCCGGAAACCCACAAAAACUGACCUUGUGUAUUUUGAGAACUCACCUGAUUACUGCGUGAUGGACAAGUCUGCAGGUUCGUUAGGGACAGCCGGACGUGUGUGCAACAAAGUAUCACGUGGGACUGAUGGAUGUGAGGUCAUGUGCUGUGGCCGAGGUUACGACACUACCCGAGUGAAACGAGUCACCAAAUGCGAGUGCAAAUUCCAUUGGUGUUGUGCUGUCCGCUGCAAGGAAUGUGAAGACACUGUGGAUGUUCACACAUGUAAAGCACCAAAGCGGGCAGAGUGGCUUGACCAAACCUGAGACAGUGCUGGAUAGAGACAGAGAGGGAAAGUAAAACUGGCACAGUGCCACCCACAGGCCUGGGCAUUCUGGGAGUUGAAGUUCAACCGCAUGGCUUUUAUUUAAAUUAAUUCUACAAAGCACUAAGGAGAAGACUACAUUUCCCAUGAGGAAUAGUGAGCUCUUCUGUUCAGCCGGCAGAACUCAUCCCCUACUUUUAAAAAAAGGAAUUUAAAAAUUACAAUGAACUGUGAAGCUUCCUAUGGCAGGUGAUAACUGUGCGAAACACAGGGGAGAAUGCAUUUGCAUAGGAGCACAGGAGACUGAGAAUCAGGUUGCAGUUUAGCUGGAGAACCUGCCUCUAUCUAAAGAAUAUGUUUUGACAGUAAAUUAUAAAAUAUACCAGUGGUAGGAGGAAAAACACACAACAACCUCUGUCCACCCUGAAAGAAAGCCCUCUUUCCCAAAGGAAGAUGACUGUACAGUCCUACAGAAGCUCCAUGUUCUACCAAGAUCUUCUCCCAAACAGAGGACACCAUGCCUGCACUUUGGACAUCAGCUGAGCAAGAGCAACUUUUUGUGUAAAGGGACUUCUAUUAUUUUCCUUCUCCAACUGAAAGCAAACUGUGGAGUUACAAAAUUGUCUUCAAAAAGAAACUCAAUCUCUACCUACAGAGAGGG